GGGGGGGAGAGGCGGGGGGGGGGGGGGGGGGUGUCCCCGGCCGGUUUGGGGGGUGCGUUGCCCGGAGACGGAAAGUUUGGGAGCCCGUGCAGGCUUGGCGGCGGCCCCGGGGAGGGGGUCCAGGGGGUGGCGGCCCUGGGGAUGGGGAAGGAGCAGGAGCUGCUGGAGGCGGCCCGCACCGGGCACCUCCCGGCCGUGGAGAAGCUGCUGUCCGGGAAGCGGCUCUCCUCGGGCUUCGGGGGCGGCGGCGGCGGCGGCGGCUCCGGGGGCGGCGGCGGGGGCGGCGGCGGCCUCGGCUCUUCCAGCCACCCUCUCUCCAGUCUGCUCAGCAUGUGGAGAGGCCCAAAUGUGAACUGUGUUGACAGCACCGGCUACACACCGCUGCACCACGCUGCUCUGAACGGCCAUAAGGAUGUGGUGGAAGUUCUUCUGAGGAACGAUGCACUGACCAAUGUGGCUGACUCUAAAGGCUGUUACCCUCUGCACUUGGCAGCCUGGAAAGGAGAUGCCCAGAUAGUGCGGUUGCUCAUCCAUCAAGGGCCUUCACACACCAGAGUCAAUGAACAGAACAAUGACAACGAGACGGCCCUGCACUGUGCAGCACAGUAUGGCCACACAGAGGUGGUGAAGGUGCUCUUGGAGGAGCUCACAGACCCCACCAUGCGAAACAACAAAUUCGAGACCCCUUUGGACCUGGCAGCGCUCUACGGGCGGCUGGAGGUGGUGAAGAUGCUCCUCAAUGCGCACCCCAACCUCUUGAGUUGCAACACUAAGAAGCACACCCCGCUGCACCUUGCAGCAAGGAAUGGCCACAGGGCUGUGGUCCAGGUCCUCCUGGAUGCUGGCAUGGACAGCAACUACCAGACGGAGAUGGGCAGUGCUUUGCAUGAGGCUGCUUUGUUUGGCAAGACCGAUGUGGUACAAAUCCUGCUGGCUGCAGGAAUUGAUGUCAACAUAAAAGAUAACCAUGGACUGACUGCCCUAGACACUGUGCGGGAACUGCCUUCUCAGAAGAGCCAGCAGAUAGCAGCACUUAUUGAAGAUCACAUGACUGGAAAGAGAAGUACAAAAGACAUAGAGAAAAUCUCCACGCCCCAGCCAGCUCUCCUCUCCAUCGCGGACUCCGUAGCACCAAAGUCUCAGGGUGAUGUGGAAAAAGCAGUAACUGAACUGAUCAUCGAUUUUGACCCAAAUACUGAAGAGGAGGGUCCCUACGAGGCGCUGUACAACGCUGUUUCCUGCCAUUCACUAGACAGCAUGGCCAGCGGGAGAUCAUCUGACCGGGACUCAGUGAACAAGGAGACCGAGGCAGCAGGAGCAAGAACCGCUGGAGUGAGGCCUAGAGAACGUCCACCGCCUCCAGCAAAGCCACCACCAGAUGAAGAGGAGGAAGACCGCAUAGAUAAGAAGUAUUUUCCCUUGACAGCUUCUGAGGUCCUGGCCACGAGACCCAGGAUUCAGGGGAAUGCAGCCCAGGAAGAGGAUGAGCACCCUUACGAGCUGCUGUUAACAGCAGAGACAAAGAAGCUGGUGUCAGUGGAUGGAAAAGCAAAAGACCACAGGCGGAGCAGCAGCAGUCGGAGCCAGGACUCUGUAGAGGGGCAGGACGGGCAGGUCCCCGAGCAGUUCUCCGGUCUCCUCCACGGCUCCUCCCCGGUGUGUGAGGUGGGGCAGGACCCUUUCCAGCUGCUCUCCACCACAGGCCAGAGCCAUCCAGACGGGUCCCCCCAGCAGGGCGCCUGCCACGAGGCCAGCAUGCAGCUGGAGGAGCCGGGUAUGCACACUCCAGAAGCCUCCCAGCCCUGUGGUCUGGACCAGAGCAAGAGAGCAGGCUACCCAGCGGGCCUGCCCCCCACCAGCAGCCUGUCACACCCCGAAACUUGGACUCGCACGGCAUCCCCGCACCCUGGUGGUGCUGAGGAAGAAGGAGACCGGAGUGGGGCCAGAAGCCGAGCCCCUCCCACCAGCAAACCCAAAGCCGAGCUCAAACUCAGCCGCAGUUUGUCCAAGUCUGACUCUGAUCUCCUGACCUGCUCACCCACCGAGGACGCGACGAUGGGGAGCCGGAGUGAGUCUCUGUCCAACUGUAGCAUUGGGAAGAAGAGGCUGGAGAAGUCGCCUUCCUUCGCCUCCGAGUGGGAUGAGAUUGAGAAAAUCAUGAGCUCUAUUGGAGAAGGGAUCGACUUUUCUCAGGAACAGCAGAAGAUCUCAGGUUCACGGACGCUGGAGCAGAGCGUCGGGGAGUGGCUGGAGUCGGUUGGGCUGCAACAGUAUGAGAGCAAGUUGCUUCUGAAUGGCUUUGACGAUGUCCGCUUCCUGGGGUCUAACGUAAUGGAAGAGCAGGACCUGCGGGAAAUCGGCAUCAGUGACCCACAGCACCGGCGAAAGCUGCUCCAGGCUGCACGCUCUCUGCCCAAGGUAAAGGCCCUGGGCUAUGAUGGGAACAGUCCCCCAUCCGUCCCCUCCUGGCUGGACUCCCUGGGGCUGCAGGACUACGUCCACUCCUUCCUGUCCAGUGGCUACAGCUCCAUCGACACUGUGAAGAACCUCUGGGAGCUGGAGCUUGUCAACGUCCUAAAGGUCCACCUGCUGGGCCAUCGCAAGCGCAUCAUCGCCUCCCUGGCAGAGAGGCCCUACGAGGAGCCGCCGCAGAAGCCCCCAAGGUUUUCCCAGCUGAGGUGCCAAGACUUGAUUUCCCAGACCUCGUCCCCACUGAGCCAGAAUGAUUCCUGCACCGGGCGGUCAGCAGACCUGCUGCUGCCUUCUGGGGACACAGGCAGGAGGCGGCAUGACAGUCUUCAGGACCCUGCAGCACCCUCUCGAGCAGAGCGUUUCAGAAUCCAGGAGGAGCACCGCGAGGCCAAACUAACCCUGCGGCCGCCCAGCCUAGCCGCCCCCUACGCCCCCGUGCAGAGCUGGCAACACCAGCCGGAGAAGCUCAUCUUCGAGUCCUGCGGUUACGAGGCCAACUAUCUGGGCUCCAUGCUGAUCAAAGACCUGCGCGGGACAGAAUCCACGCAGGACGCCUGCGCCAAGAUGCGGAAAUCCACCGAGCACAUGAAGAAGAUCCCCACCAUCAUCCUGUCCAUCACAUACAAAGGUGUCAAGUUCAUCGAUGCUUCCAAUAAGAACGUCAUCGCAGAGCAUGAGAUCCGCAACAUUUCCUGUGCAGCCCAGGACCCAGAGGACCUCUGUACCUUUGCCUACAUCACCAAGGACCUGCAGACUAGCCACCACUACUGCCACGUGUUCAGCACAGUAGAUGUGAACCUGACCUAUGAGAUCAUCCUGACGCUGGGCCAGGCGUUCGAGGUGGCCUAUCAGCUGGCCCUACAGGCCCAGAAGUCCAGGUCGCUGGGGGCCUCUGCUGUCGAGAUGAUCGAAACAAAAUCUUCCAAACCGGUGCCUAAGCCUCGGGUGGGCACAAGGAAGUCCGCAGUACCGCUGACCCCUGAUAGUCGCUGUUGUCACUGUCACUCCUGCACCACCCACCGCCCCUCCUACCUGCCGCUGCCGUCUGUUAGUCCUGGAGUCAAGCUGGAACCACCCGACACUGACCAAGAGGCCCAGUCCCACGCCAGUGUCUCCUGGAUUGUGGACCCAAAGCCAGACUCCAAGCGGAGCCUCAGCACCAAGUAUGAGACCACUAUCUUCUAACAGCCCACCCUGUCUCCACUAGUCUCACUGUGCCUUUGCCGUCCGAUCUUUCUGCUGUCUCGACUCUCUCCUUCCAGCUGCCACCACCACGGCCCCACCUUCGCGGGGACCUGCCCCCCUCCCGGGCAGCAGCUGUAGAUGCUACACUCACAGCUCUUGUACCUAAUACCACCGAACACUGUGAAUUCUCCCCUUGGGCUGAGGACAGCUGGGGGGGCGAGUUGCCUUUGAGGUGGGCACGAGGGGCAGAGGGCUCUGCUGCGACCAGGAGCCCUGCAGUGGGCACUGCAUUGCUGAGGGGUGGGCUUUGGGCGAAGCCAGUGGGCGCCUGGGAGCUCUGUGGAGCUGGCUGUUCUCUCCCGUCUUCCAUCCUGAGCCACAGCUGGAUGCCAAGAGCUAACUCCGUUCACCUUUCCUGACACAACCAAGCACUGUGAUCACCUGGUGCCAGAGCACCCUGCACUCUGCCCACAGCUGGAUGCAGGGCGCAGGGCUGUGAGCAUCUGAGGCCCACAGGCUGGUGUCUCAGGGCCCCUUGUCCUGGUGGGCCUUCCAUGCCAAGGAAGCAGGGGCCUGUGGUCGUCCCCUCCUCACAUCUCACCACUGAGAACAGGUGUAGCGGUCCUGGCUCUGCAGCCCAGCUCACGAGGAGGAGACCCUUUCUGUAGGAUCCAGCUCAAGGGGGGUCUGGGUCCCACACACGUGCACUCUCUUCUCCCCCAGAGCAGCUGCCUGAGCACAGGGCCUGACCAAGCACCUCCCAUGGUCUCUGGGAGCUUUGACUCUUCUCCCCAGUCUGGGGACCUGAGAGAGCCAUUGUCCAGUGCCCGACUGGCCUCUCCCCCAAGUCUCCACUCCUCUGGGAAGGGCCAGGCCAUCUCCUCACAGCCGCUGGACAGUGAGCGAGUCCUGGAGGAAGGCCGCACUCCCCACCGUGGGCCGGCCACAGUUCGAGGGCAGGAGACAGGAAAGAAGUGAUUUCAUGGGAAGUGGCACAUGGCAGAUGUAGCGCAGUCCAGGGCAAAAGCCAGCAAUUAGAGCCACCCCACGGUGUAAACCAGGGUGGGUCCUGCUGCUGCCUGCCUGUCCUUGUACCUUCCUGAGCCAGAGGCAGUGAUGGGCUGGGGGGCAAGGGCCUUUCUGUCCUGCUUCUGUUCCUGUCAGUCUCCUCCGCCUUGUGCAGGCCCCUUGGUUAACCCUCUCCUCCCCCCAUUGUUUGCUUCUGCCAAGCUGAGCCACUGAGGAACCACACUGUGCUGCGGAAACAGCCGCGGGGAGCAGGCUCUGCCCCCUGCCACCGCCACCUGGCCUGCAGCUCUGAAGACCAGCCCAGCCGCCUGCAGGACCUCCUCUCAGCUGCUUGGCCCGGGUCUGCCACCACCAGGUCCUGCAGAGUGAGCCCUGCCUGGUGCGGAGGAGCACUCCAGGCCUCUAGCAGAUGAGCCUGGAAGCCCAGAGGGUCAAGAAGUGACUUGUCCAGAGUAACAUGUUUUUAAUAGGAAAAAAAAAUCUUUUUAUAAAAUGAACUUUUAACA